AUGAUCAUUUGGCAAUAUGGUGGAGUAAAUGGUAGUGAAAUUGAAGUAGAACCGAUAUUCAACAAUGUUGCCACAUUCAUUGACAGAGAUAGUGAUAUUCUCGGUCGAGAAAUUCAAAAACGUGCCAGCGGAAUGGUGAAACAACCGAUAGCGACGAACGUUGGCGCACAACUUCAAGCACCUCCCAGGAAGAUUGCUCAACCAGCUUUUCAGCAUGAAAAAAACAAACAGUUUUAA